AGUCAGGCAACAUUGAUAGUGUGCUAAUAUUAAAUAUAAAAUUAUUGAUCAAAAAAGGAUAUCACAAAUCCAAAUAUUUCAUUAUACAGAAAUACGAUCCACUCAAUUUUCUCGCUAUUCCGUGAACUUAGACGAAUAUCCGACGCCUAAUGGAGUGACUACGGUACGACACUCGGGACACCUCGAGACAUUACAUGUACAAAUGCAAGUUAACUUCGUAACUCGAUCAUAACUUUGCAAGUUUUGCUAAAACACACACGAUGGCACUCUGCAGGAUAGCAACUUUGGUCAGAAACUCCACGGCUGCAGCUAUCCGACAGGUGCAUGCAUGUUGUUACCAUCGUGUGUCGUGUUCCUGUCGCCAUCAUGCACGACAGUUCGGUGUACAUGCUGGCGAUUCGGACCGUAAGUCGACUUAUGAUCAGGUGUUCUCAAGUUCCAUAGAAUCGCCACAGGAUUUCUGGGCCACUGUGGCCGAAGAUCUGGUGUGGCAUAAAAAGUGGGAUCGCAUCCUUGACAACUCCAAGGAACCAUUCACAAAAUGGUUUGUUGGCGGGGAAAUGAACACAUGCUACAACGCCCUGGAUCGUCAUGUUGAGAACGGGGACGGAGACCAAGUGGCGAUAAUUUACGACAGUCCUGUCACAAACACCCUGAAGAAAUACACCUAUGCUGAACUUCUGGACGAAGUGAGUCGAUUUGCUGGUGUACUGCGAUCCCUUGGAGUGAAGGAAGGUGACAGGGUGCUGAUUUACUUACCCAUGAUUCCUCAGGCGAUAAUAUCAAUGUUAGCUACGAUUCGUAUUGGUGCCAUCCACUCUCUGGUAUUCGGGGGAUUUGCUGCGAAUGAGCUUGGAGUUCGUAUUAAGCAUGCUGCGCCAAAAGUUGUAGUGAGUGCAAACUGCGGUGUGGAGCCAAAUCGCACUGUUGACUAUAAACCCAUGCUGGACAAUGCUUUAGCCAACAUCGACUUCAAGCCAGACAAGUGUGUUAUCUACAACAGGCCAGGGUUUACACCCUCUCCACUGGUAGCGGGGCGAGAUGUCUGUUAUCAUGAAGAGAUGGCUGGGGCCUCCCCAGUGGACUGUGUUCCUGUGUCUGCGACUGACCCCAGCUAUAUUCUGUACACCUCUGGGACCACAGGUCUACCGAAGGCAGUAGUGAGACCAAGUGCCGGACAUGCUGUUGUACUCAAAUGGUCUAUGUGGAAUAUCUACGGUUUAAAACCAAAGGAGGUAUGGUGGGCUGCUUCAGACUUGGGCUGGAUUGUCGGACAUUCCUACAUCGCCUACGCUCCACUUCUAAACUGUAAUACUACAGUGCUGUUUGAGGGGAAACCAGUAGGGACACCGAAUCCAGGCACUUUCUUCAGGAUCCUUAAGGAGCAUGAUGUCAGUGCCAUGUUUGUCGCCCCCACAGCUCUCCGGGCCAUCAGAAGAGAGGAUCCAACAGCUGAACAUGGACAGUCAUAUUUCCCAUUACCAAAGUUCCAGAACAUGUUUGUGGCUGGUGAACACUGUGACAGGGAAACUAUGGACUGGACUAAGACGACUUUCAGAGUCCCUGUCUUGGACAACUGGUGGCAGACAGAGACUGGCUGGGCCAUCACCUCCACCAACAUUGGGCUGGGAGAUAGGACAAACCCCCCUCAGGGAGUCACAGGAAAGCCUGUCCCCGGCUGGAAUGUUAAGGUCCUAAGAAAUGACGGCUCUGAGACGGACAACAUGGAACUAGGACAGAUCGUUGUCAAGCUACCUUUACCACCGGGAAGUUUCUCUACACUUUGGAAAAAUGAUGAGAAAUUUGAGGAAACUUACUUCAAAAGUAUACCGGGUUACUACAACACGAUGGACUCUGGAUACCGCUGUGAGGAAGGUUACAUUUCCGUCCAAACACGGACAGACGACGUUAUAAAUGUGGCAGGGCAUCGUCUGUCGACUGGAGCCCUGGAAGAGGCUAUACUGGAGAGUGAGGACGUGGUAGAGGCUGCUGUUGUGGGAGUCCCUGAUGACCUCAAGGGUCAGGUACCUCUGGGACUUUGUGUAAUGAAACACGGUGUGAAGAAAUCAGAGGCAGAGGUCAUCCAGGGUGUGGUCGAGAAGGUGAGACAAUUCGUAGGACCAGUGGCCAGCUUCAAACAGGCAGUCAUUGUACCCAAACUGCCCAAGACUCGGGCUGGCAAGACAGCUCGAAACACGCUGGCAGCCAUAGCAGCAGGGAAACCCUAUAAGGUCCCUGUCACUAUUGAAGACGCUACAGUCUACCCAGCAAUACAUAAAGCUCUAGCUGAGGCAGGCUUCCCGCCCAAGUAACCAAUGGUCAUCUCCCUAGUCACAGUAACAGGCAACCAGUGGUCAAAGGACAUUUAGUGACUAAACCAGUGGUCACAGGACAAUUAGUGACUAAACCAGUGGUCGAGGGACAAUUAGUGACUAAACCAGUGGUCGAAGGACAAUUAGUGACUAAACCAGUGGUCAAAGGACAAUUAGUGACUAAACCAGUGGUCACAGGACAAUUAGUGACUAUACCAGUGGUCACAGGACAAUUAGUGACUAAACCAGUGGUCACAGGACAACUAGUGACUAUACCAGUGGUCACAGGACAAUUAGUGGCUAAACCAGUGGUCACAGGACAAUUAGUGACUAAACCAGUGGUCACAGGACAAUUAGUGACUAAACCAGUGGUCACAGUACAACUAGUGACUAAACCAGUGGUCACAGGACAAUUAGUGACUAUACCAGUGGACACAGGACAAUUAGUGACUAAACCAGUGGUCACAGGACAAUUAGUGACUAAACCAGUGGUCACUUGUUAACCAUGUAAUACCAAGUUACAGGUAAAACUGAAUGAAAGAAACGGAAAUGAAAUCCUGCCACAUUGACUGUAUAAUGGUUGUCUGUGAUUUUGAGACUCAUAUCUGCAUAUACUCCAGAACAUAGGAGCUAUUCAAGGUGCCAAGUUUUAACACAAUCUCUUUUAAAUUAAUAAUUUUUAAAUGAUCAUUAUUCUGCUCAUUUGUAAAAUAUAUAAUGGUGUUUAUCGAUUUAUUGAGUGAUAUUGUCCUUCAAAUGUCAUAUCUGGAGGAUCAUUUUUCCUUUUUGAAAAAAAUAGAUUCAUCUUAAAGUCCGUUUUAAGAUAAUGAUAUAUGAUGAUGUGUUUGUGUGCCAUAUUACAUGCCUUUACAUGAACUGUCUGCAAUGUUUUAUAUGAUUAAACAGUGUACAUGUAUAAUACUACAAAAGUACUACUUUGUAUGUGGGUUAUAGACAAUGUUUUAUAUGAUUAAACAGUGUAUAUUUCUACUUUGUAUGUGGGCUAUAGACAAUGUUUUAUAUGAUUAAACGGUGUAUAUUUCUACUUUGUAUGUGGGCUAUAGACAAUGUUUUAUAGUAUUAAACGGUGUAUAUUUCUACUUUGUAUGUGGGCUAUAGACAAUGUUUUAUAUUAUUAAACGGUGUAUAUUUCUACUUUUUAUGUGGGCUAUAGACAAUAAUCUCACUGACAUUUGGUGUUUAAUUAUUCUGACCUGGAUUUCUAAUGUUGUGCCAUGAAUCAAUACUAGCAUUCAGUAUUUUUUUUAUACUUCCAAAAACAAGGGUUCUAUGAUUUUUACCUUGUCUUGAUGUGUACAAUCAUUAUACAAGCUCACCAUUGUGGCAAAUCACAAUUACUUGGCUAAAAGAUAAAUCAAGCUUUGUUUGGCUUAAAUAAAACAUAGUUCUCUCUUUUUGCAAAUUCAUAUUCUGUUGUUGUAUAUACUGUUUACAGACAUUGAAUGAUUUUAGUGACAUAGAAAUAACUCUCUUGCUUAUAUUCAUAAACAAUUUGAUAUAACUAAAAAUCAAUGAGAACAUUGUCUAAAUACACUUUCCUCUUUUCACUGUUACUUAUUAUAAAAUGUAAAUGAUUAUAUUUUGCAUGACAUUGUAUAAAACACAAUAGUUAUAUUUUUAUAUAUAGAUUAUACCUAUUAUUCGUACACAAUAUAUAUUUUAUACAAUAUACACAGAAGAUAAUCCUUCCAUGUUGAAUGAUUUGGUUGUAAUCUCCACCAUUUUAUUACAUUCUAUAGAACUACAUACAUGUAUAUUUGGUGGUAAGGUUUGUGAUGACAUUUACAAUUUGCUAAUUUGUUUAUUCAUGAAAGUUUUUAUAUCUGCCUUUUAGUAAAGAUCGAAGUGUAGUUUAUCAGAACAGAUUGCAUGUAUUGAACACUUAGUAAUGCCAUGUAAUUUUUUAAUUGUCGCCUGUUAUUGAAUUAAUGGAAGUCUUGUAUUUCACUUUUGCCCUCUCUGCUUUUAAUUUUAGAUUUUCAGCUUCAUGCUUUUUUCCCUGUAGAAUAUUUCACCUUUCCAAAUUAAUCCUUUAUUAAUCGGCCAGCUUUGUGAAUAUUUAUGUCCAGAAACGUCAUAUUUAUAAUCAUAAUGUAACUUGGAUCUGUAAAUGAAGGACAUUUUUGACUUUGAUGUCACAGCUACGUUAAAUGUUUUAAAAUCUUCCAAAGACAGAAAAAAUAAAAACCAUUGUGGAUUGCAGCAAGCUAUGAUGAAACGGUACAGCUGCGUCAAAUGUGCUAAAAUUUCAAGUGUAGAGAAAAACAAAAA